UUACUUCAACUGCAAUAUUGACGAUUCACUUCCGGACAGUUACUCGCGUGCUGCUUGUCGCGCCCUGAGAGGACUGUCACUAAAGUCACAAUGGCUGACAGUGCGGAGGUUGACGGUUCGCCUGUCGUGGUCCUGAGCAACCAGCCUCCUGGAAGAGAGGAGCAAGGAGCAGGAGAAGGAGGAGGAGGAGGAGAGAAGGAUGCAGGAGGAGGGCUGACUGAGUCCCAGACGGAGGUGUUGGAAAGGUGUCUUCAUACACUCAGACAGGCGAAAAAUGACAGUCACACUUUGGCUGCUCUACUACUGAUAACUCGCUUGUGCCCAGCAAACCAGCUUGACAAACCCACCUUGAGGCGCAUCUUUGAAGCCGUGGGCCUGAACCUCCCAGCCCGGCUUUUAGUGACAGCGAUCGGAGGCAGCGAGAGCUCCGGCCUACCCCCACAUGAACUCCUCUCACUGGGCAUGGCUCUGUUGGCUGCGCUGAGCACAGACCCAGACAUGGCCUCCCAUCCCCAGCUCCUCACCACCAUCCCGCUCCUGCUGGGUCUUUUAGCUAAUGGACCUGUGAACCAGCUCAAACAGGAACCCCGAGAACAGGGAGAAGAUGAAAAGAUGGGGUCGAGUAAAGUGAAAUCAGAAGAGCGUGCGAACACAGAAAGUAAUCCUGCUAAUGUGGAAAAACCUGACGGUGAAACCAGCAAGCAAAAGGGGGAUGAUGGCAGCGAGGCAGUCGGAGAAUCAUCAUCUCAAGAAAGUUCCUCCUCCUCCAAGCUAGACAAGGCCAUAGCGGCGGACUGCUACCUGAUCCUCACAGCUGUGUGUGCCUUACCCAGAGGUCCAGACCAGCUCCUGAGUAGGGGGGGCAUUCCCGCGCUGUGCAAAGCAGUGCAUCAAAAUCAGACUUUCAGCCGUGAGAGGGGGCUCACCUUGCUUGGUUGCCUCCUCUCAGGUAAAACCAAAGAGAAAGCUUGGAGUAAACACCCUGCGGAACUCCUCUCUCUGCUGGUCCGGCUAUCCAAAGACUUCUGCCAAGCCAGAGACCAGACCAGGCUGGACAUGUGUACCCAGUUGGUGCAGUUUCUGCCCCCAGUAGGAGUGGCAGCAGAGGGUGAUGAGUUGAAAGGAGGUGUGUCGCGGAUAUGGGGGGCAUUGAGACCCAUGAUGCAGGCUAAGUUAACACCCAGACAGAUUGGGCCGAUCCUGGUCCUCAGUGCUUGUCUGCUGGAUUUGUUUGGGUGGGAGUUGGUGGGACCGGCAAAGUUCUGCUGCUUGCUGGUGAACAGAGCUUGUGUGGAGGUUAGGAUGGGGUUGGAGGAGCCGCCUGGUAACGACCUGAGCCCUGAGCUGCAGCACACACUCACAGGUUGUUACCGGAUCAUGGAGGCUGCCAUAGAGCAGGCCUGCUGUCUGGGACUAUCACAGACCCCUGCACCUCCUCCUCCGAGCUCCUCCUCUUCCCUCAGUCUGCAGCAGAGCAGGCAGGUCCUCGGGGUGCUGGAGGAGGCCUUCUCUGCGUUAAUGUACCACCUUCAGCAGGUGGAUCCAAGCCGCUACGGGGACCCUUUUAUUUUCGCCACAUUCCGCUCUCUGUGCUCGUGGCUGGCCGAAGAGACCUCCUGCCUGAAGGAGGAAGUGACUAGAUUGUUACCGUUCCUGAUCGGAUACUCCCGCAGCCACAUGCAGGGUGAGAGCGCGGAGCAGGGCCUCUCUGAUUGGAUGGUUGAGAUGUCAUUCAAAGAGGAGAAAGAAGCUUGGACGGGUAAAGAAGCUCUGAGGUAUCUCCUCCCCGCUCUGUGCCACCUCUCAGCAGAAGAAGGUCCCAGGAGGGUGCUGCUCACCCUCGACACUCCGGCCUUGCUGGUGGACUUUCUGUCUCAGUGCUGGACUUCCCUCAAGGGGAAAAGUGGAGCGGCAUCGACCCGAGAUCCCAGCAUGGAGACCGCCUGCUCUGCCCUCCUGAACUUUGCUGUAACAGAGCCAGAGAGAGUCAGGAAUGACCCGUGCUUCAGAAAGCUGGAGGCCGUUCUGAGUGAAGCACUUCCUGUUUUGGUGCAUAAACCUCGUCUGCUGGUCCUAGCGGCAAAUUACUGCACACUGGGCUUAAUGAUUGGUCGACUCAAGUCAGCUCCAGCAGGCUCAGUUGAAGCUGGACAGAGGCGUUUCUUCUCCUCAGCUCUCCGGUUCCUCCGCAGCGCCAUAGACUCGGGCUCCAGCCCCGGUCCGGUUAAGGUGAGCCAGAGCUGGGAGGAGAGUUGGGACGAGGUGGAGGAGCUGUGGAGGCUGGGCCUGCAGGCUCUGGGAGGCUGCGCCCGCGCUCAGCCCUGGAUCCUCACACUGGUCCGAGAGGAAGGUUGGCUCAAACACACACUCGCCAUGCUGAGUCAGUGUAGCGCUCUACCUGACCAGCACACACAGGGGGCGCUGGAGGAGGCUCUGUGCGCCAUGGCAGACCAGUGCCCGGUCUGUAAACGCGAGAUCGGCGACAUGAUGAGAAAUGGUAAAGGAGCUUUGAGCUGUAUGAGGAGCCUGAAGAAGUCGGUCGGAGUCAAGUAAAAGGAGCUCACUGAGGGAAUAGAGUUAAAACAGACGUAAUAAAGGAGGGCUGUUACUAAAGCCAAACUUGUGUGUUAAUUAUUUAAACCAAUCAGACGCCACUGAUGUGUCGCCCAUUGUCCCAGAGCUUCUACUGAGGAAUAUCUAAAACCAAAACAUGAACCUCUUUUUCAAGAUUAUGAUGUGUUUCAUCCAGUGUAUUCAAAUGUAAAUGUUUGGCAGCUGUGCUCUGAAGAGGUACACGCUGCCUUGUAGAUCUCUGUUAUGAAUGCUAAUGCCUUUAAUAAAGAGCUAUUUUGUUAGAAAACCAA